AUGAAGAGAAGAGGCCGAACAAAGGCCGCAAAUGAACAGAUAGACUCUGAAGUCUAUAUUCACCAAUAUUCGAGCGGCCAUGGGGUGACCCAGUCGAUGAACAAGGAUGACAAGAGUGCGAACUCGCCCUGUCGUGCACUCUCCCUUUGGCCUGAGGAUCUUGAUCAGGCACAAUCCCGUCUCCUAGACCACUAUAUUCAGAGGUUUUCAAGAACCUACCCAACAUUUUCAGGGCCAAAUAACCCGUUUUUGAGCAUUUUGCUCCCUCUGUCUGCCCAGAGUCGGACGGUGCUAGAUGCCUUACUAGCACUCAGUGGAGCUCAGACUUGGGAAAAUGGUCGUUUCAUAUACCAAGAUAUUAUGCCAAGCCUUAGACAAAAGGCUUUACGAGGCUGCAUGAACUUGGUUACUCGUCUCAUGAAUGCCCCAGACUCUAAUCAGAAUCAGUUACUUAAUGGGGAUUCGCUUCUCGGAAGAGAUCUGGCAGAGAGGAUUCUUUCCAACGGUACAGACUUUUCUACUAAGCAAGAUUUUCUCUCUCUACUCGCGACUUGCGUUCUACUCAUCCUCUACGAGAAAUUAACCAGCGAGAGUGGAGGCCCGAUCUCUGCUCAUCUUCAGUUUCUCGCGAAAAUCAUCCCCUACCAUCACGUGCUGGCAUUCGCCUCAGGGCCAAGCACAGGCGUGGUGGAUCAUUCAAACAGAGAGCCUUUUUGCUUUCUCUCUAGCCUGUUUUUGUACAAUGAUCUUGUCCAAUCGACCUCACUAGGGAUCCCAACACUCUCUGAUUUCUAUCUCAACACCAUGCCUGAGCCAGAUUGGAUGAAUGGGGAGAAGGGCUCGCCCGACCGGUUCUAUUUUCCGCGGCUGAUUGCUCGAAUUGGAGCUGGCGAUACCGAUGUCACCGAUGCCGAUAUAGCUGCGUGGGACGGAAGCUUGGAUUGGUUUCCAAGUUUCGCACUCCAGCAACUCGAGCCACAACAAAACCAUGAGAGAUUGCCGAUAUUUGACCCAGUAAUAGCGUUUCAUUCCGAUUUCCAGAACUUGGGUCUCUUUAGCUCGAUUAGACAUUGGGAGCAGCCGAAUCUCGUCUCAGAAUUGUAUCGUAUUGCAGCCAUUUUAUAUAGAAGGGGUCCUAGCGUUCAACACAGUGCAGAUAUCUCCUUUGGAAUAUCUUCCUCCUCCAAUGGAUUUUACCGAGAAGUUGGAAAUCUUGCUUCAUGGGCGGCUCAACUCAUCGAUGCUAUUCCCAUUGGCUCACCCUUCGAGAACGCUCUCCUGUGGCCAAUAGGCAUAGUCGCCAAGGAUAUCAACGAGACUCUUAUGGAGGAGAGGAAGGCCAUGGUAGCUAAGUUGACGUACCUUGAACAUCGUUUCAAACAGAAAAACUUUUACCUGGUAAGGCAGCACCUGGUCCGGCAGUGGAUGGGAGAUGAUGAGUGGCUAGCAGAAGAAGACGGCACAAUUCUAUUUGGAUAG